GUACGCAUUUAAACCAUUAAAGUGACUGCAACCGGACGCUACUCUUUGGAUUCUUGCACUUUUAUUCAGUUGCGGAAAGCUUCUUUUUAAGUGGAACUAACAGUGAAACUGAUCACCGAUGAAUUCCGCGAAGUUAUCAGCAUUUGGAAGUGAGGAGUUCACCGGGAGUGGAGAAAAUCCAAGUAGUGUUGAGUGUGUUACUUCUCGACCGCAACGAUGCCUCCGACUGAUCUGAACUUUGAUUAAAUAGAAAACCACCCUCUGAGGAGCUGUUCUGAACAUUAUUAUAUGUUUUAUUGCGGAGUUCAGCAACUCUCCCAUCAUCCUGAUUAGCGGCUUUGCAGCAGAAGUUGUGAUUUAGAUGAAAUAGACAAAACAAAGCGCAUUCUAAGUGUGGAUUUACACCGUUUCCAGCUCCUCUUGAAUGAUGCCUGCCUGUUUCACGGGAAUUUACUGUCUACUGGCAUUUCUACACAUUUGUUCAGGGUCUCGUCUGCGGCAGGAAGACUUCCCUCCCCGCAUUGUUGAGCACCCUUCUGACCUCAUUGUGUCCAAGGGGGAACCGGCCACUCUCAACUGUAAGGCAGAGGGACGUCCAACCCCCACAGUGGAAUGGUACAAAGAUGGGGAGCGAGUUGAGACGGACCGUGACAACCCCCGUUCCCACCGUAUGCUGCUGCCCAGCGGCUCACUCUUCUUCCUACGCAUCGUCCACGGACGAAGGAGCAAGCCCGAUGAUGGCAGCUAUGUCUGUGUGGCCCGAAACUACCUGGGCCAGGCCAUCAGUCACAAUGCAUCUCUGGAAGUAGCCAUUUUACGUGACGACUUCAGACAGAACCCAGUAGACGUUAUGGUUGCGGUGGGUGAGCCCGCAGUGCUGGAGUGCCAACCACCCCGUGGGCACCCCGAACCCACAAUCUCCUGGAGGAAAGAUGGUUCCAACUUAGAUGACAGAGAUGAACGCAUUACUAUUCGCAGUGGCAAGCUGAUGAUAACCAACAUCCGCAAGAGUGAUGCUGGGAAGUACAUCUGUGUUGGAACUAACAUGGUGGGAGAAAGGGAGAGCGAGAUUGCUGAACUCACUGUGCUAGAGCGCCCGACCUUUGUGAAACGGCCCAGCAGUGUGGUGGUGUUGGCAGACGAGAGCGUGGAGUUCCACUGUGCAGUUCAAGGAGACCCUGUUCCCACUGUCCGCUGGAGGAAAGAUGAUUCUGAACUGCCUAAGGGCAGGUUUGAAAUCCAAGAGGACCAUACCUUGAUUGUUCGCCAAGUGACCUCCUCAGAUGAGGGCUCCUAUACGUGUGUGGUGGAGAACAUGGUUGGGAAGUCUGAAGCAUCCGCCACGCUCACUGUACACGUCAACACUGUGCCUCCAGCUUUUGCCAUACGCCCCAGGAACCAGGUGGCGUCAGUGGGCAGGACGGUCACCUUCCAGUGUGAGGCCACUGGUAACCCACAGCCUGCUAUCUUCUGGCAGAGGGAGGGCAGUGAGAGUCUCUUGUUCUCUUACCAGCCGCCACAGCCCUUCAGCCGUCUGUCUGUCUCCCAGAUGGGUAGUUUGACCAUUACUGAUGUUCAGCGCUCUGAUGGUGGCUUCUACAGCUGCCAGGCUCUCAACAUCGCUGGCAGUGUUAUUACCAAAGCACUGCUGGAGGUUACAGACUCGGCUGGGUCAGACCACCCUCCUCCUGUGAUUAGACAGGGACCAAUCAAUCAGACUGUUCCUGUGGACAGCACUGUGGUGUUAGGUUGCCAAACUGCAGGCACUCCACCUCCUACAGUCCAAUGGAAGAAGGAUGGUGUGGUGGUGUCUCCAGUGGACUCCCGCAUGUCCAUAUCAGACACAGGAUCAUUGGAGAUUCGCUACACCAAGCUGGGAGACACAGGCUUCUACACUUGUUUAGCUUCUAGUCCCAAUGGAGAGGCCUCCUGGACAUCAUACUUACAAGUUGAAGAGUUUGGAGUUGUUGUGCAGUCCAGUCACCCUACAGACCCGAACCUGAUGCCCAGCGCUCCAUCUAAACCUGAGGUGACUGACAUCUCGCGUACCUCUGUCACUCUAUUGUGGAAAUCCAACCCAAAUUCAGGAGCACCUACAUCCUACAUAAUCGAGGCAUUCAGUUAUACAUUGGGCAGCAGAUGGGUGACCCUAGCUGAGCAUGUGAAAACACAGACCUUUGUCCUGAGGAACCUAAAGCCUGCAACUGUCUACCUCUUCAUGGUCAGAGCAGUGAAUGCUUAUGGCCUCAGUGACCCCAGUACAAUCUCUGAUGCGGUCAGAACACAAGACAGCACUUCCACCAUGCAGGGAGUGGAUCAUCGUCACAUCCAGAGGGAGCUGGGAGAAGUUGUGAUCCACCUGCACACACCAACUGUCCUGUCCUCUUCUGCUGUCAGGGUGCACUGGAUGGUCGAGCAGCAAUCUCCAUACAUCCAGGGUUACAAGGUGCUGUACAGGGCGUCUGCUGAUCAUGGGCAGCCUGAGGGGCACUGGAGUGUUGUGGAGGUACACACCCCGCAGGAGGACGGGCUGGUUAUCGGUCAGCUCAAGAGGGGAUCCAUCUAUGAGUUCAAAGUGCGCCCCUUCUUUGAUGAAUUCCAGGGAGCUGACAGUGAUGUGAAAGUAGUCAGGACAUUGGAAGAAGCCCCUAGUAGAGCACCCCAGGGUGUUACAGUGACAAAGAGUGAUGCCAAUGGGACUGCCAUCCUCGUUACUUGGAAACCACCUCCAGAACUGGAAGAGGGUGGAGUCAUCCAGGAGUACAAAAUUUGGUGCCUGGGUAAUGAGAGUCGGUAUCAUGUGAACCAAUCGGUCGAUGGCUCCACCUUCUCUGUGCUCAUUCCCAGUCUGGCACCAGGAAUUCGCUACAGUGUAGAGGUUGCGGCUAGCAAUGGUGCUGGGCCUGGUGUCAGGAGUGAUGUCACUUUCUUUCAAUUAGACUCUGCAGGCCAGAUGAUGGAUAUCAGUGAGGAAAGAGACACAUUGUCUCAGAUCUCAGACGUAGUGAGGCAGCCAGCAUUUAUUGCUGGCAUUGGCGCCACCUGCUGGUUGGUCCUCAUGAUUUUCAGUGUAUGGCUGUAUCGUCACCGCAAGAAGAGAAGUGGCCUCAGCAGCACAUACACUGGCAUCCGCAAGGUCCCAUCAUUCACCUUCACACCUACAGUUGCAUAUCAAAGAGGAGAAUCUGUGUGCGGUGCUGGCAGACCUGGCCUUCUCAGCAUGGGGGAACCUCUGAACCAGCUGUGGCUGCCAGAAAAUUGGCCAAAUGCAUGUGCCAAUCACAAGGACUGUAGCAUCAACUGCUGCAAUAAUGGCAAUGGCACCAGUGACAGUAACAUGACAACAUACAGCCGACCAGCUGACUGCAUCGCUAACUACGGAAACCAUCCAGAAAACAAACAGAUUGGUUCUGAGACGGCUAUUUACAGUGAUGUGAACCUCUCCAACAAGCUGAACGAGAUUAAAACAUUCAACAACUCCAGUUUGUGCUAUGCAAGUCCAGGCGGAGAUUCAGCAGCCACAUAUGAACCCAUCCCAUAUGCCACCACACAACUCAUUCAGGCCAGUAUUAAGAAUAAAGCAGCCAGUGGGGGUGCUAUCGUAGAGCCUCUGGACAUGCCCUGCUGGAAACCUCCCAACCCCCCUCCAAUACCAAAAGAGAUGGUAGCACAGAUGCAGUACAACAUAAUGGAGCAAAAUAUGCUAAAUAAAGAUCAUCUGCAAGGGGGUGAAGGAAUGAUCCAUCCUAAAACUAUCCCCUACAACCAGACCCGUGAUCACAGCACUGGAGGCUCACACCACAGCUCAGACAGAGGCAGCAACAGCACCUCAGGCAGUCAAAAUCAAAGGAGGGGACCGCGGGCCCCAAAGACACCAAAACAUAAUGCAGCGAGCUGGGGAGAAGCUCUGUCUCCUCCCCAUGCUAAUGCCUGGAACUGUGAUGAAUAUAGCCUACCCAUGGAAAAGAGUUUUGAUCCAGAGGAGAGAAUAGAAAGCUGUCCGACUCCACCAGUUAGAGGAGCAGCCUCAUCUGCUACUGAAGUGCCCUAUAGUCACCCAACUACCACAAUAACGCAGGGAGACCUGAGCUUGCGUGAUGGAACUGAGCAUGUCAGUCAGCACAUCUCCAGCCACCAGCACCCUCUUUCCCCAACACACACCUACAGCUCCAUACCCCUCUGCAUGGAUACCGAUGGACAGGAAGAGGACGAUGAGGAGGCAGAGGAAGAGACAGACACAGAGUUGGCAGAAAGUCACUACAGCCAACACCACAAGCAGCAGAAGCACAAACACCAGCUGCAUCACCCCUCUCAACACAAGCUGCUCCUCCACGGGCUGGAGCAGACCCCAGCCUCCAGCAUCGGGGAUCUGGACAGAUCAGUCACAGGGUCCAUGGUUAACAGCUGGGGCUCGGCAUCGGAGGAUAACAUCUCAUCAGGCAGGUCCAGCAUUGUCAGCACUUCAGAAGGAUCCUUCUUUACAGACGGCGAUUUCAACCAGGCAGUAGCAUCUUCGCGGGAUAUUGUAGGCCUGCGCAUGUGUAGAUACCCAGACGAGUCAGGCCGGCGGCAUCAGCGACCCAGCAGCCCCAUGUCCACAGACAGCAACAUGAGUCCUGCAAUAACACAUAAAAGACCUAGGAGGCAUAAACAGAACCAGUCUGGUCAACAGGGCUACCAACCCAAAGACGUCUUUAAUGAUGACUCCUGCAUGCCUCUGAAUUUCACCAGCCAAAUGUCCCAUGGUGACUAUAAAGUGAGGGGGGCCACGCUGCCUCGGAUGGGCUCUGGGGAGGGCCGGGGUCGACGAGGCAGCGCUGGGACUCACAGGGUCAGGGAGGGUACGCUUGAGCAGAGAGAGAGUCAGGACAGGCACAAGACUCCAUUAGGAGGGAAAGGAGGCAGCAAAGGCAGACAGCACUCAGAAUUAGGUGACGUUCUUCUGUAUAGUCGUCCAUCUUUCCCAUCGGGUCAACCUCUGAGGGAGGCUGAUGAUCCUAAUUCAUCCAGCUUUACAUCAUGUGGAGACUCAAGGACCAAACAGGGAGGACAGGUGGCACCUACAGGACAAGUGUAGGACUUCCUGAAAAGCUGAGAAGCAACGUGAGCACAAGAAUAUCCUACAGUUGCUUCACACGAAGGACAAUGACCCUUUCGAUAUGGAAGAAGACUCCAAAAAAAUACUGCACAAUACAUGCUAUUAUUUUCUACUUCAAAUUUCUCAUUAGGUGUUGGAAAAAAAGGAAAAAAAAAGUGCUCUCAUGUUCAAGUCAAUGAACUUCAAUUUGAUGCACUGCUUAUUGUUAGCUUUUUGGGUGACCAGCUUCCACGAGCCUGAACAGCAGGUCGCUCAGUAAAGUAAGAUGAAUGCACAUUUUUGGCGGUUGUGAGUGUCUACAAAAAUAAUGUCCCUGACAACUGCUUCAUGCGAUCCAUAUUAUGAUCUUUGCUUGUCAGUUGUCUUGUUCUUUUACUGUAAUUGAUAUUGAGUCUUUUCCAGCCAUCUUGUAAAUUGUUUACUGCCACAGAAGUGCUUGAAAUUCAAAUUUUAUAUAACAGUGUUAAUGUUUUCUAAGUGAUGUACAUCUUGUCUUUGUAUUAUUUGUUCUACUUUGGUUAUAAAAGCACAAUCACUUAAUUUUAUUAUUAUUAUAUGAAUUUCAGUCUGGAGGAAGUCUUUUGGAGUCUUGUUAAUCAUUUCAUCAGUUCACUUCAGACUGAGAAAAAUGAUUGUUGAUUGUGAUUGUGCAUUCAGUUGCGUACAUUUUGAGCUGCUUUCAUUCAGAUUUGAAAUAUCUGUUGUGUGUACUGAGAGAAUUGCAUGCAGAUUCACCUGUAGGAGUUUUGACAUAUUGACUGCUUUGUCCUCUCUUUGGGAUGAUGAAAACUCUGGUCAUGGACUGGUUCCAUUUAUUGUUUUCUCCAAUUAAUCCAUUUCAUCUACGUCCGUGUUUGCUUAACCUUGGCCAUAACUUCUGGUGCAGGGUUGGACAGUAUGCCCAAAUGAUCAAAUUACUCAAUAUGAAUCUCUAACUGACCUAAAGUCACUGUAGCAAUUUCCAAUAAAUGAACUGCCUGAAUACCAUACAAUGAAACUGAGAAUAACUACAGCAAUC